AGAGUGACACGCCAUUCAAUUGCUGCCUGGCCCUGUGCUCGUAGGAAGCAGGAGGGAGCUUUGAGUCUUCUCGUUCAAGAGGGAUAAAUACUAUCUAAAAGAAACCGACUGCAUUCCGGCUGCGCCAAGCAAAAGUUGGACCGAAUCGUGUCGACAUGGGGAUCCGAAAAAAGACGAACAAGAACCCGCCGGUGAUGAGCCAUGAGUUUGUCAUCCAGAACCAUGCAGAUAUUGUUUCCUGUGUUGCUAUGGUGUUCCUGCUCGGGCUGAUGUUUGAGGUCACCUCAAAGUUUGCGGUGUUAUUCAUAACUGUCCAGUACAACGUCACCAUCUCCACAAACGAAGGCCCAGAGGAAACAGCCGUGAACCACUUCCACCAUGGUAUCAAAGACUUGGCUACUAUCUUCUUCUACAUGCUGGUGGCCAUCAUCAUGCACGCCAUUAUCCAGGAGUAUGUGCUGGAUAAAAUCAACAGGAAGAAGCACUUCUCCAAAACCAAGCACAGCAAGUUCAACGAGUCGGGCCAGCUCAGCGCCUUCUACUUAUUCUCUUUCGGCUGGGGCACAAGCAUCCUGCUCUCUGAAAAUUUUCUGUCCAAUCCAGUCUCCCUGUGGGAAGGUUAUCCCCAUACACUGAUGCCAUUCCAGAUGAAAUUCUACUACAUUUGUCAGCUGGGCUACUGGUUACACGCUCUCCCAGAACUGUACUUCCAAAAGACAAAGAAGGAGGAUAUUCCACGCCAGCUUGUGUACAUCUUCCUGUACCUGGUCCACAUUGCAGGUGCCUACAUUCUGAAUCUGAACCGUCUGGGUCUGGUCUUGCUAGUGUUGCACUACUUUGUCGAGCUUCUCUUCCAUGUUUCCCGCCUGGUCUAUUUCAGCAACGAGAACAGACAAAUGGGUUUCACCUUAUGGGCCAUCUUGUUUGUCCUUGGACGGCUGCUUACCCUGUCCUUGUCUGUCCUCACCGUGGGCUUUGGCCUCGCCACAGCUGAGAAUCAAGGUUUUGAUUUGGCUGCAGGAAACUUUAAUGUUCUUUUUGUUAGGAUAACUGUCCUGGCCGCUAUCUGCCUCACUCAGGCCUUCAUGAUGUGGAAAUUUAUCAACUUUCAGCUGCGCCGGUGGAGAGAGCACGCCCAAGCUCAGACCUUGAAAAAGAAACAAGUUCCUUCCAAGAGCAAAUCAAAGAAAGAUAAAGCCAAUGGAGUAAAUGGAGUGAACUCCCACGGAGCUGAUUCACCAAGAGCAAGAAAAGAGAAGUCAUCAUAAAUACAUUCCCUUCAGCCCUACCUAUCAGCCCCACCCCCCACCCCCUCAAAGAACCAUCUUUCCCUUUGCCUCUGCGGCUGUAUCCGACCAAGAGAUCCUCCAGCUCCAUGACCAUGAUAUGCAUUUAUCAGCUCCCACAGGACUGACCUCCCAGCUGGACUUCAAGAAUGCAUUUAAGCUUCGCUUGUCGCCAGACGUCCAGCAUGCCUUGAUUUAAGAAUCAUUGCUCUGCUGUGCCAUUUUGAAUGAAAAGAAAACAAAUUCUGAAAUAAACUAUAUAAAAAAAAAGACCUUAUUUAAGAAGUGCCUAUUGAUACGGAUUGUUUUGUACAGGGUGUGUAAUUUUGAAAUUUCAGGAAUGAUGACGUCAUUGUUUAAUGUUCCUCCCAAGUCAGGUCAUUUCAUGCUUUUUUUCCUAAAUACUGUAUAUUCCAUCUUGUAUUUUAUUUCCCUUUGGUAUUUUUUUUUUCACAUGUAUUUAUGAUCGCCACUUCAGCUCCUCUUGCCAUUAGCUCCUGUCCUUCUCCUGAUGGAUUUUCCUUAACGUAUGGAGUUUAUGAAUAUCUCUUCAUUUUUACAUGAAUGACAGUUGCGUACAGUCUUGUUAUAAUCUCCAUCUUUAGGAUAUGACUGGGUGCACAACACAGACUGUUCAAACCCACAUAGCAAAAAAAAAAAAAAAAAAUGACCAUGUCACUGGCCAACAGACAAGCAAGAUAGAAUGUGGAAGUAUUUUUUUAAUAACCAGACAUGGAUGAAAACAAUAGACAUAGCAGCUCCAUGUAAUAUGGUAAUUAGAUCCACAGUUCAGUAUUGUGCAAAACCAACAAUGUAAAACUGCCAGCAAAGACUUAAUAACCUGUCAGAGACUAAUUACUGGUAUUCUUGCCAUGAAAUUAUGCUGAAUUUAUUGCAAUCCUGUUUGAAAUACUCUUAAUAAAUGAACAUCCCUCA